CUUGGCGACUCGUACGGGGCAGUAUUUAUAUGCGUCAGUUGAUUCUUACCUGCCCAGGUGAGAGACAUAGAAAAGAGAGAAAGACAGCGGGAGAGAACGACAGAAAAGGACUGCGAGUUUACGAUUUGGCAUCAUGUGGGGGGUACUGAUUCUGGGCGUUCUAUUCCGAGGGUCUUUGACCCAAAUUUCUGACGAAAAUUUAGGAUGGAAUUUCGUGAACGAGUAUAAUGAUAAGGUUGGAAGUCUAUGGAACGAAAAUGUCAAAAAAGCGUGGAAUUAUUACACCAAUAUAACGGAUUAUAAUUUGGAAGUCAUGACCAAUUCCACUCUUCAAAUGGCCGAGUUUGACAAAGAGGCUGCGAAGAAUGCCAGUACCUUUGCUUAUGAUGGCUUCCCAAAUGCCACGCUCAAACGGCUGUUCAAGAAGAUCGUGAACAUUGGGUUUGCUGCGACCAACGACAGCGAACAAUUAAAGGCUAUUUCGAAUUUAGAAGCAGAUCUUACAGGAAUUUACAGCAAAGGAAAAGUUUGCUUAGAGUCAAAAGGAUGCCUGCAGCUCGAGCCAGGGUUGACGGACAUUAUCACCAACAGUCGGAGCUACGAGGAACUGUUGGCUGUCUGGAAGGGGUGGAGGGACGCCUCGGGGAAGUUAAUGAGAACCAAGUACACCGAGUUCGUCAAAGCCAUGAAUGCCGCCAUCAAAUUCAGUGGUUUUAACGACACUGGAGAAUACUGGCGGUCGUGGUACGAGACGCCGACGUUCGAACAAGACGUCAGGACACUGUUUGAGGAGCUGGAGCCAUUGUACGUGGAACUCCACGCUUACGUCAGAAAACGUUUGAAGGAAAAAUACGGCAAGGACAUGUUCCCAGAGACGGGGCACAUCCCGGCGCAUUUAUUUGGCAACAUGUGGGCCCAGCAGUGGAGCAAUAUCUACGACCUCCUGGUCCCGUUCCCAGGGGCUAGUUCUGUUGACAUUACUGCCAAAAUGAAGGAACAGAAUUACAACGUAACCCACAUGUACCGCGUGGCGGAAGAUUUCUUUAUGUCCAUUGGAAUGGAAAAGAUGACGGACGCAUUCUGGCAGAACUCCAUGCUUGUCAAACCAACCGACCGAGACGUCGUCUGCCACGCGUCCGCUUGGGACUUCUAUGAUGAAAACGAUUUCAGAAUAAAACAAUGCACAAGCGUGACAGAGGACCAGCUUUUGACUGUCCAUCACGAAAUGGGGCAUAUCGUGUACUUCCAGAACUAUCGACAUCAGCCGAGGUUGUUCCGAGGUGGAGCAAAUCCUGGUUUCCACGAGGGAAUGGCCGACAUUGUUAGUCUCUCCUUCCAAACACCAGAGCACAUGAAAGUAAUUGGUCUGUUGGAUGAGGUACCUCAAGAUUCCGACAGUGACAUCAAUUUCCUGCUGAAAAUGGCAUUAGACAAGGUGGCAUUUCUUCCCUUUGGUUAUUUAAUUGAUCAGUGGCGCUGGAGUGUGUUCCGGGGAGACACCAACUCAUCCAACUACAACCAACACUGGUGGGAUCUGAGAUGUAGGUUUCAGGGAAUUUCUCCACCAGUGAAGAGAACAGAGGAAGAUUUUGAUCCAGGAGCAAAAUACCACAUUCCUGGAAACACGCCUUACAUAAGGUACUUCGUCAGUUUUGUGGUACAGUUCCAGUGGCAUGAGGCCUUGUGUCGGGAGGCGGGAAACACCAGACCACUCCAUAGGUGUGAUAUCUACAACAAUACCAAUGCAGGGAACAAGCUCAGGGAGAUGCUGAGAAUGGGCUCCUCCAAACCUUGGCAGGACGCAAUGGAGGCCAUUACUGGCCAGAGAUUGAUGAGCGCCAAACCCUUGGUCAACUACUUCGACCCACUGUUGAAGUGGUUAAAGGAACAAAACAAGGAGGAGAACACGGGCUGGUCGGCCUCAUGCCCAUCCUCCAUCCCCAUCCCUAGCGCUCUCGCCGCUGGAUCCGCCAAUCUGUUUAUUUCAAUUGCGUGUUUUGUUCUCUGCGUUUUCUUUGCUUUCUUCCAAAUACGCUAAAGUUAAAUCGAGAUUCAAAAGGACGCAAUAAAAAAAGGAAACAUUCCGUCCCUCUGUCCUUUUAAAAUGAUUGAAAUCCUUUACAUACAUACAAAUGCAUGUACACAUAUCGUAUCGUUUCAAUUAUGCAUAUCUUGUUGAUAAACAAUUAAUUUUGACGGACGUUCAUGGAUAGAAUUUACAUGUAGAUUAUUCUGGUUGUGUUUUGUCAUAUGUAAUCUUUCCAAGACUUUUCCAAAAGAAAUUCUAACUACAUACAUGUAUAUAUGAUUGAUGAUUUUCAAAUUUUGAGAAUUGAACCAAACUAAAUCCCAAAACUACAGUGUUAUUGGUUAGAUUUUUCUGUUUUAUAUUCUGUAUAACAAGUGUCGUAUUUGCAUUCAGACAAUUCAUGACGAAGACGGUUUGUUGCUAUCGUCGAUAGUAAUUUUCAUUGUAAAGUACGUGUGAAUGUAUUUUAAUUUUAUGGUUUGUUGUAUCCCCAUGAAUGGAUGCGAUCAUCCCCUAACUCUGAUUGAUCGCCGCACACACGAAUAUACAUGUAUGUUGUGUAACUACUCUAAAAUAUGAAGUUCAUGGACGUAUAUUUUACAGUUUUAUGCAUGUAUGAUUUUUAACGUUAUAGCACAUAAAUAAUUGUAUGUAUAUGUAAAAGAUGUAUGUUUUUCUUACAUAAAUAAAAAUGAUAUUAAAGUU